GCGAUCAAAAUUCUCAUGGUGGAGGUGUUCUUAUUCUAGUACCGUUCGACAUCAUGAAAGGCACAGCGAAUGGCCAGGAAAGCAGGAUUUUGGGGAAGUCUAAGGCGUCGAAACGUGCAUCUAAUGCAGCUUUCGCCAGCAAGGAGCAGCUGACUUCGGCGACGUCGAAGACAAGAAGGGAGAGUGCGGCGAAGGCCUCAAAGCGAGCGUCGUUGGUUGCCGAUCUUGCUACGGAAGGGAGUCGCCGUUUCUCGAAGGAUCGUUCAAAGAUGUCCGUGAAGAAGCCGCGCAUGGAAGGCAAGUCCGGGCCGCCGACUGAAAUGACGAAGAAAAGUGGCGGCGAGAAAAAGAGCGACGCAUCCAUUGCCAAGAGGCCUGCGGGCAAAGCCACAGCAGGCGCCGGCAUUGGCUUGCGGUCCGCCACGUCCAAGAUGAACGUCUCUUCCAAACCCAAGAGCGGGUCCGCUGUUUCGAAGGGCGACGUCGCCAAGCGAGACAUCAGCGGCGAGGCGGGGGGUUCGAGACCCAACGCUGACGUCACAGCCUCCUCCAUGGGCGGCAAGCCCAAGGGAGUCGCCGGCGCUUCGUCAGACAAGGGGGACAAGGAUAAAGCCAAACCCCGCAAGAAAAGCCACCAGCUCCACGAGAGGCGCAAGACCUUGGUCGUCGCCGCCAUGUCCAAAAUGAUCGGCAUGAGGAGAAACCGCCCGGGUAAAAAGCGUGACAGUGAUUCGGAGGAGAGCCUGAGCAGCAAGGAGCAGCUGUCGCUGUUCGUGGUGGCCAUGCUGGCCGCCUUCUUCUUCUGCUUCCUCGUCGCCCUGCUCUUCUACUACUUCUUCACCGGCGGCAACAUACCAGAAGUCGUCGUCGCCUGCGUCUCCGAUGAGUGCAAGGAGGCCAUGAAAUUCCUGGUUGGGCACUUGAACGACGCUAAGAAGCCGUGCGUCGACUUCUACGGGCACGUGUGCGACUCCUGGCAUGGCAAGGACUCCAGCUUCCAGGACGACGUGGCCCGCGCGGCGCUGAUCUUUUUCAACCGGUCGCUGUUCAGCACGAUCAAAGUGAAGCACGAGAACGACAUUCGCCACGGCUUGCACAUCAUGCAACCAGUUUACAGGCGAGCACCACCGCCACUGUCAGGUGGCGCCAAGAGUAACUGCACGAAACGGUCCUGCUAUCGUUACAUGUCGGUGCCGGUGAACCUGAAGGAUGCGAUGAAGGAAACUCACGAGCUGCUCGACCUCAGCAACCUGGUCAAGGCCCCCUCUUUCUUUGAUGUGGUGCGCUUCCUGGUGCGGCAGUCGAUGCAGAUUGGAGUGAACACCCUGUUCCGCAGCAUAUUCGUGUACGAGCUGGGACGCAAGACGCUUUUUUUGGCACGCGGGUCCUCACUGCGCGAUAAGUUCAACACGCCGUUCAAUAGCGGUGCAGGACGUCACUACUUCGAGGUUACGCUCCAGGCGUGGCUGGACCUGGACAACGUGAACAGGCAGCUGAGCCUUCUGAUAACCGUGGACGACGAGGUGCACCGACUGCUGACGGGACGUGUGCCGCCCGAAGAGCAGGUAUCGCUGCGAGAUUUCGUCCUCGACAUGCUGCCCAACGUGUCCGCCGAGCAGUGGGUGCAGGCCGUGAAGGAGUCUCAUCGCCAGGACGUCUUGCUUGAGGCGACAGACGACAUACUCGUCCAGGGAGGCCGCGACUUCAAGGCGGCCUUUCAGAGGUUGGCGUCGCGCGGCCUGCAGAACACUACCUUCUACCUGGCCACCAGCCUGGUUGCGGGCGUGGCCGGCAUGCUGUCCCAGCGCGACGAACUCGCCAAGAGCGAGGUGGCCAAGGCGCACCACUGCCUCCAGUUCACGCACAAGUGCCUGACGCUCACGUGGGCCUACCUGGCCUCGCAGUACGCGUCGACGCCCAGCAGCGUCAGCGUGCUCGACGCCAUGCUCGCCGGCAUCCGGGGGGUCGUCACCGAGAAGCCGGACACGUUCACGUGGAUGGAGAAAGUGGCCCGAAACAAGACCGCGGACAAGCUCCACCGGACGACGCUGCGCGUGAUCGCGGGCAGCGGCUUCAACGUGUCGCGCAUCAACUACCCGGAGGAGCUGCCGCCGUUCGCCGCGGACGACAGCUUCCUCAAGGUGCUGGUGGUCGCCCUGCGGCUCCAGUACACCGUCAUGAGCGCGAGCCCACCCACGCGCCUCGAGAUGCUCCUCUCGGACCUCGAGUUCGGCGCCACCGUGAAGUACGUCCCGGAGAAGCAGUACAUCGUCCUGCCCACGCUGUACCAGGGCAUUGACGUCCCCAAACAAGCGCAGGCGCGUCGCGUGCAGAGACGGCCGUACCUGUACGGCGAUAGCGUGCCGGAGUACUUCAACUACGGCACCGUGGGCGCGCUGAUCAGCCAGAGGCUGGUCGAGGCCGCCGGCGUCAGCGUCGCGAACUCGCGUCAAGCCGCGUGGGACGGGACCACGCGGAGCCAGUACGCCGACGCGAUCGCCUGCCUCGUGGACCGGCGCAAGCGGAUGGGCUUCGGCGACCCCGGCAAGGAGGCCACCGCCGAGCAGCAGACGCAGCUGCUGGCCCUGUCCAUCAGCGUCCGACUCGCCUAUUUGGGCCUCGCGAAGAUCUUUCGCAUACGGUCCGGCGCGUUCAAGGUGUUCACCGCCUACUGGCCCGAGGCGCAGCGGGUGUUCUUCGCGCGCUACUGCCUGCUCUGGUGCAGCGGUCGCGCCUCGGAUGGCGACCCUCUCACGCCGAGAGAAAAGUGCAUGAUCCCGCUGCGCAACAUGCAGGAGUUCGCCGACCUCUACCACUGCGACUUCAACGCCACCAGCAGCGGCGGCCCGCUGUGCAAGAUCUAGGCACUUUGUUCGGGAGCACAAAACACUCGCAAUGUGCUACGCAGAACGCCUAUAGUGACACGACAUUUUAACGCAAUUGCUCAUUUUUUGUGUGUGUUUUGGUGCAGCGCACUUCGAUGAUGGAAGGUGAAAUGAUAAAAUCUAUUGGCGACAUUAAGCCAAUCGAGGACCGAGAGAGCAGCACGCGCGCUCUAAGAACUGUCAGUUACAUUUAGAUUUACAGUUAUCUGCCCCGUUGUUUCUUUUUAUUAAUAAUAGGUACGUUUAUGGAUACCGCGCUUCAACAUGCCGUUUUCCAAAUA